GGAUAAUUGCAACAGGAGUGAAUUCAACUGUGUGAACACACUGGGUAACUUCUCAUGCGUAUGCAAGGAGGAUACAACAGAAAUCAAUGGAGUUUGUCUAGGUGCAUUGACAUUGUCGCUCAACGCUCGUUUUUCAUUCAUCAACGGGCUUAGCGUUGUUACCUACCCUGACACAAUUGACUCUCAAGAAAAUCAGCAGAAGUUGGCACAAGAUGUCCUGCGUUACCUCAACACCUCAGCACUAAGUGCAGACGAGUUGCAGGCUGUAUCUGUGCAGAACUACAGCUUGGCAGGAAGUUCUCUUCAGAUUUCCUUCCGGGUUGACUUAAAACCCGACUCGUCACUGAUCGAAUCUGGUCUGGAGAAUAUUUUCAUGGAACUUCUUCCAAGCUCACGGCUUAUUGAACCAAACCAUGAAGUUACGCCUGAGGAUAUCAAUGAAUGUGAGCUAUCUACGGAUGUGUGUGGUAACGGUAACUGUACAAAUACAGACGGUAGCUAUUUUUGUACCUGUUCUGAAGGCUUCCAACUCGGAAACGGGGAUGCUUCUUGUGUAGAUAUCAAUGAGUGUCUCGGGGAUCAUAGAUGCAACCAAACUUGUAUCAACUCACCGGGGGAUUUCUCGUGUUCUUGCAAUCCUGGAUUUGAGCUUGAUGAUGAUGGUUCUACAUGCAUUGAUACUAAUGAAUGUAAUGCAACAGACGCGUGUAGUAACGGGAACUGUACAAAUACAUAUGGAAGCUACUAUUGCACUUGUGAUGACGGUUUCACUGGAACUGGAAAUGAUUCUUGUACAGAAAUCGAUGAGUGCGAAUCUGAUCCUUGUCAAAAUGGAGCGACGUGUACGGAUGGGAUCAACAUGUAUAGCUGUACCUGCGCACCUGGUUUUACUGGAACUAAUUGCUCAAUGGAAAUAACCACACCCACAGCCACCACCACGCCCACAACCACCACCACGCCCACAACCACCACCAUCACAGAGAGCCCACCACCUACAACUACCAUACAACCAAGCACAAUUAAUACAGAGGAUACUAGUCCUACUGAUUUGACUACUUCUGAUUCUACCCCUCCUCCAACAACGAUUACUUCAACUGAAAUAACUACGUCCACUGCCGCCACCACCACAGAGGGCUCACUAGAUACAACUACCAUGGAACCCAGCACAGCUACUCCGGAAAAUACUAGUCCUACAGAUUUAACUACUGAUACUCCUGAUUCUACCCCUCUUCCAUCAACGAUCGCCUCACCUGAAACGUUCGUGAGCAUCAUAAGGAUUAGUAUCACAGCCAACAGACGAAAUGGUGUACUGCUUGUAUUCACAGAAGAACUUAAUGAUCGGUCUACGGCCGCUUUUAUGGCUUUGGAAGAUGUCUUUUGUGGUGCGGUUUCAACGUAUUUGAAUGUAAGCUUAAAUUCAGCGCAGCUCAUCAGUAUCACAUGUGUGGUAGUAUCUUUCCGAAGUGGUAGUGUGAUUGGUGAUCUUCAAAUGAGUCUCGCAGCACCAUCUCAAGAUUCCGCUGAUAGUCUUGCUCAAUCAGCCACUGACCUAUCACCUGCUAAUGAGACAUUACCCUUUUUCGACGAUUCUCUUUACGUCGAAGAGUUAACCGUAGACAAUACCGAUAGUUGUGAGAACAGCAACCCCUGUAGAAAUGGAGGGACCUGCACGGAUGAAUUCAACACGUACAGUUGCGCAUGCCCAGAAGAUUACUCAGGGACAGACUGUUCAUCAUUCUCUGGCAGGACUGGCCUAUCACCUGGUGCUAUUGUUGGAAUCAUACUUGGUGCUAUGUCGGGAGCUCUGAUCUUCGUUAUCUGCGCUUGUUUAAUAAUGGUCCAGACAGUGCGUCGUAAUGAGGCAAAUAGGAUGUUAAUGGGGAUGCAGAAGCAUAGCAACUACCACAUCUCAGAGCACCGGCGUAUAUUCGAUGACCGACGGUCGGAUCGUUCUUUGGACGAUUACUCGUUUGAAGCUUCUCUUGAUCGUCGACAAUAUGAUAUCGGUAGAGCUGUUAAUCGGAUAAGACAAUAUCAAGGAAUGGAUAACCCUGGACGAGGAGGCUUAGAUAACUUUGCUACACCAUAUGUAGUUGAUGGGCAUAGCAGCGCCAGUGGAGAGAGCGUCGUUGAACGAAACCCGUUACACUACAGCUACAUGUACUACUAAGGCUUAGAUGUAUCUGCAAACAGUCCCAGUACAAUUUUGAUUUGCACCCAACCUACAUGUGAUGUGAAUGUGUCCAGGAUUGAUUCAUUGAAUACGCUAAGCACUGGAAGCGGCAACCAGACCCAAACCUGGGAUAGUAAAUAAUGCGCCUCGGAAUAGACUAUAAUCCUAUAACGCAGAAUUGAGCAUUACAAAUGUCAAUUUAUCUUCACUCUGACCUGUUCUCAUUAUAAUUUUAUAUGCUAUGUGAGCUAA